GCUUCGUUUGAACAUCAUUGGGUGACUGGCUUGCGCGACUACGUCCAUCGGGACUGUGCGACCUCUCAGUGACACGGGCGCUCAUUGCAUCACCUGUGUCGCAAAGGCGAACUAAACGCUUCACCCUGUCAACGCCUGGAUAUAUUGCGUUCCGUGUUAACGUCGACCGGCCACGAUGGCUCAUACCCAACCGUCUCCCACCGGGGGCGUCACUCCUCACCAUGGCCAUCUCGCAGCUCACCCCCAGGUUAAUGGCCACAUGCCGCUGCAGACUCAAAGCCAGAAAGGUCCUCCUCUGAGCACUGCUCAGAAGAUCGCCGCACUCAACGAGCAGGUUUGGCUUCAAAUCGGAAACCUUACCGAAAUGAUCGGCGAUUUGGAUGGUGCCAUGAACGCAUACGAGCAAGCUUUACGGCACAACCAGUGGUCAAUCCCUGCGAUGAACGCGAUCUCGUGUAUUCUGCGGACAAAGGAACAAUUUCCCAAGGCGAUUGAGUAUCUUCAGAAUAUUCUCAAGUUGGAUCCGACAAGUGGAGAAACUUGGGGCAGUUUAGGUCAUUGUCAUCUGAUGAUGGAUAAUCUGCAAGAGGCGUAUACCUCUUACCAACAGGCUCUGUACCACUUGCGCGAUCCCAAGGAGCCCAAGUUGUGGUAUGGCAUCGGUAUCCUUUACGAUCGCUAUGGCUCUCUCGAUCACGCCGAAGAGGCCUUUUCCCAGGUCAUGCGCAUGGCCCCUGAUUUUGAAAAGGCCAAUGAGAUCUACUUCAGACUGGGAAUAAUAUACAAGCAGCAGCAGAAAUUCACUCAGAGUUUGGAGUGUUUCAAAUACAUCGUUGCCGACCCCCCUCGCCCAUUGACGGAAGAGGACAUCUGGUUCCAGAUCGGCCAUGUCCAUGAACAGCAGAAGGAUUUCGAAGCUGCGCAGCAAGCGUACCGGCGCGUCCUGGACCGUGAUCCCAACCACGCGAAGGUUCUGCAACAGCUUGGAUGGCUGUUCCAUCAACAGAGCAACAACUACACUAGCCAGGAGAAGGCCAUUGAGUUCCUUGAGAAGUCUGUCAGCGCAGACAACAGCGAUGCCCAAAGCUGGUAUCUUCUCGGUCGCUGCUACAUGUCGCAAGCCAAGUACCCCAAGGCCUAUGAAGCGUAUCAGCAAGCCGUUUACCGCGACGGUCGGAAUCCGACUUUCUGGUGCUCGAUUGGUGUACUCUAUUACCAGAUCAAUCAGUACCGCGAUGCGUUGGAUGCUUAUUCUCGUGCUAUUCGUUUGAAUCCCUACAUUUCCGAAGUGUGGUACGAUCUGGGAACUCUGUACGAGUCUUGCAACAACCAGAUUGCGGACGCACUUGAUGCGUACGGUCGGGCUGCGGAUCUCGACCCGACCAAUGUCCAUAUCAAAGCGCGCCUGCAACUCCUUCAAAGCCAAUUGUCCGGUUCCAGUCAGGGCAACGCUCCCGCUCCUCAACCGCAGGAUGUCCAUCCCCAGGCUUAUCAAGCUCCUGGCGUAGGAGCGCCUCCGGCGCCUCAAUGGGGUGCACCAGCGCCAACCGGUGGUCCACCCCCGCAGGCUCCCGCUCCACCAAGACAGAUAGCUGACUGGAACCGUGGCAUCAAUGAACUCCAGUCACAGGCACAGGCACAAGCCGCCAAUGGUUUUGACCACCGUGACGCCGUCCGUGCUCCCGCCUCUCUACAGCAACCAAGCCCGCGACAAGAACCCGGAAGAGGCUUCCCCGAUGCUAUGCGUGCGCAGCCAACCCGCUCCCCGAAGACUACCCUUACCGGCCCGGGUGUUUACGGACAGCCCCAUGGCCUUCAGCUUGCCAACCCCCCACCUAACGCCCUCGAUCGUACUUCUGCCGCGACGGCCUUCUCGCCAGCUACUCGUGGUCCCUUGCCGCCUGCUCCUCCCGGUCCCCCCGCUGCUCCGGGUGGUCCAAAUGGCCCUGCGUCAGCUAACGCUCUGCCUCCUUACCAUCGCCCGUUCACCCCGCCCACGGAGGUUCGACCUCUGCGUGAUGAACGGCCUUCAUCGCCCGGCUCUACUUACCCGCACCAGCAGUAUCACCACGGCCCUAGUCUCCCUGCCGGCAUUGCUGGCGGUGCUCCUCCUCCGGCCUCUGCUAUCAGUGCUGCUGAGGCUGCCGCUCGCGAGCGUGAAGAACGUCCUGGUUCGGCUAUGAAGCGUGGCCGAGAGUGGGAGGCGGAAGCCGGACCGGCCAAGAAGAUCGCCAAUGAAGAGAGCCGUGCUCGCCUCGAUGAUCAGCUGUCUCGUCGUGUCACUCCCCCCAACCGUAUGCCCUCCCCCGGGGAGAUGCAGCGACGCAGUUCUUCGGAAAUCCGCCGUGAGGACCAGCGCCGCGUCAACGAGAACUACCAUCCGUCUGAGGCGGCCCACCAUCCUCCUACGUUGCCUUCUAUCCAGCACAUGCCCCCUCACCCGUCUGGUGGCCCCAGCCUCCCUCCUAUGGCCGAAAGCUCUGCUGCGCCUUCUAACGGACCGCCAUCCGGACCCUCUUCCGCUCAGGUUCAGGUGAAGGAGGAGCCCGCGCGCGGCGAACAGGCGCCUGCACAUGAGCCUGCGGCGCGGAAGAUGGACGUGGAUGAAAACUACGAUGAUGACGAUGAUGAGAAACGAGCUAGUGCUGUGGUGAAGGGAAGCCCGCAUGCUGCUGGGUCGAGCAACAACGGCAGCAAUGGUGUCCUGAGUACUGGCAACCCACCUACGCCGGCGAAGCCGGAAUCUGCGGUUUAGAAGCUUGUGGUGCGGCACCACUUGAUGUAUUAUGUGAGGUGGAUCGAUGGGUUUAACGCGGCUCUAAGGAAAGAAGAGUCCGAAUGAAAGUUUUCGUCAUGAGAAGUUACACUGCCCUCGUUUGCUCCC